AUGGCCGGUGACCCAUCAGAGCUUAAUGGGUCCUCUAAAAAGGGCUCAUCUACCCCGCUGAGCUCAAAGAAACCGCACAAGAGAAAACGAGAUCAAGAUGGCGCCACCUCGUCGACUACCAUCCCAAGCAAGAAACCAAAGAAAAGUCAAAGUACCCAGAAAGAAAGUCCUGUCGCGCAGAGGAGCGGCGAAGCGAUUUCUCCAAGCAAAGACGAUGACAGCACUAAGUCAAAGAAGAAAUCAAAGAAGACCAAACGACGAAGCUCAGGAGGUUAUAUCAGCUCGCCUACAUAUGAUGCGGAUAUAGUUGAGAUGAAAGAUGCUGGGGAUGAUGAGUCGGAAAAUAGCAAACAGCUAGAGAGUGUUGAUGCUAUGUCAGACGUACGAGGUGGUUCGAAGCCCGCAAAAAAUAAAUUUGCCAGGAUUCUCUCGAAGUUUGAAAGAUCAACUAAAGUAAAAGAGGCGGCCAAGACAAACAAACCUGAGAAGGAGAGAAAUAUGGAGCCUAUAACUGCAGAGCCUGUCAUAGCGCAAGGCUUGGAGCCUCUGCCACAACCAAAGGCGGCUCCUGAGCAGACGGAGAAACCGACAUACUCUUCGCUCCCCCCUUGGUUGGCCAGCCCUUUACGAGCGUCGGCGGACGAAAGAACGAAAUUUUCAGAUUUAGGAAUUGAGUCUAACCUUUUGCGCAUUCUCGAAGACAAUGGUUAUAGAGAAGCAUUUGCUGUACAAUCAGCAGUUAUACCUCUACUCUUGCAAGGGCCUCGAAACCAUCCCGGAGAUUUAUGUAUUUCAGCCGCAACCGGUUCGGGGAAAACAUUGUCAUACGUCCUGCCGAUAGUCACAGCAUUGAAGCCAAGGCCAGCGCCCCAAUUGAGGGGGCUUAUUGUAGUCCCUACUCGAGAGCUGGUCAAACAGGCGCGAGAAGCAUGCGAGCUUUGUGCUGCUGGGUCAGGAUUGCGGGUCGCAUCAGCAGUGGGAAAUGUGGCCAUUAAGGAUGAACAGCGGUCAUUAAUGCGCAUCGAUCAAGCAUAUGGACCCGAGACACUCAAACAAAGACAGAUUUCCAAACUAGACGACGAAGAUUGGACUAAUUUUAGUCUGCAAGACUUAAUCUCUGAGGCAGAUGAAGAGGGGGAAUUGCUUCCUGGAUAUGUCCAUAAAUCCGAACCCAACGUUGAUAUUCUUAUUUGUACUCCUGGCCGUCUUGUGGACCACAUCCGCUACACUAAAGGAUUCUCAUUAAAGCACCUCGAGUGGCUUGUCAUUGAUGAAGCAGAUCGACUUCUCAAUGAAAGCUUUCAGGAGUGGGUUGAUGUGGUGAUGAACUCUUUGGAUGCGCGCAAAGCGGUCGAAUCCUUCGGCUUCAGCGGAAGGCUGCUAUCAGAUCUGAGCCUUCCUAUACAGAGUAAAGAGCCCAGGAAGGUGAUUCUCAGCGCGACAAUGACACGGGACAUUUCCAAAUUGAAUACUCUACGGCUAUCGAAUCCUCAACUUGUUCUUGUCGGUUCAGCAGAGACAGCGGCAACAGCUGAGGAUGGGGAUCGCUCCGAUGAACAAUUUACUCUCCCACCGAGAUUAAAGGAAUACUCGAUCCCUGUUGGAGACGGGAUGAAGAAGCCACUUCAUCUACUACGACUUCUUCGCUCCCACAUCAAAGUUGAUGUCGAUAAGCGAUCGAGCCGCUCCCUUUCGGACACGUCCGAGUCGGAUACUUCCAGUUCGGAGGAUUCGAGCUCUGAUGACUCCAACUCUGAUGACAGUAGCUCUGAUGGCACGAGCUCCAACGAGUCCAGCUCAGACGAUUCAGACGACGACGACGACGACACUUCAUCCUCGAGCGACGAUUCAGAUUCGUCAGAUAGUUCGGUAGACUCUGAGGACGAGGCGACGGUCGAUAAACUAGAGCAUCGACCGGCACAGACUACAGUACUGAUUUUCACUAAAUCAUCUGAAGCAGCGUCGCGACUCUCUAGGCUGCUCGCUCUGCUUGAUACCUCACUUGCAACCCAGAUUGGGACUAUCAUCAAGUCGAAUAAGUCAUCGGCAUCUCGCAAAACGCUUACAGCUUACCGCCAAGGCAAAAUCUCGAUCAUCAUUGCCACUGACCGUGCCUCUCGCGGUCUCGACCUGCAGUGUUUGUCCAAUGUUGUGAACUACGACGUCCCGUCCAGCAUCACCACGUACGUGCACCGGGUUGGAAGAACGGCACGAGCUGGCAGGGAAGGCUCUGCCUGGACACUGGUGGCGCAUCGGGAGGGCCGGUGGUUCGAGCAGGAGAUUGCCAAGGGUUCGGACGGUAAGAUCACACGUAUUAGCAGGGUGGAACGGGUGAAUGUGAAGUUGGAAGACAUGCAGGAUGUGAAAUCGAGAUAUGGACGGGCAUUGGAAACACUUGAGAAUGAAGUGAAGAAAGGGGUGAAGACCAAGUAG